AUGAGAAAAGCACUAUUCUGGUACCAAAAAGCUGCUGAUUCCGGAAAUACGAGUGCACGUAAAAGCCUCGCGCGAAUCUACCGAAAUGGACGAGGCGUCCCGCAGGACGUCCAUCGUGCUAUUUGGUUGUAUGUGAGGUCGGAUCAAAAUUAUAGUUAUGUCUCGAUGUGGCAUCUGAAGCGAUUGUUUCAGAAUAAGAGGUUUUAG